UUUAAUUAUUAUUAGAUGAAACAAAGGAAUAGUAAGUCUGCCACUAAGUGACCAAAAAUCAUUCGUUUUUGCAAAUUAAAAUUAAUUAGUUUAUAAAAAAUAUAUCGCAGAUUUAAAAUUAUAACAUUAAUUGCCAUUUUAUUUUAAUUCUAAAGUUAAAUUUAUGAGGAUUUUCUAAUGUUUCUAAAUGUCUUAGUUUAAUGUUAUUUGAAACUACCGAUCGGAUCAGAAGAAAUAGAAAAUAUACCGGGGGAUAAGUAUUAGUAAAUGCAAUAAAUAUUCUGGAAAUUAAUUUGGCAUUUUUAUUAAUAUUGUAAUGGAUACAAACAUUUCGAAUAUAAAUCAAUCGAAAGAGUUAAUUGAGAAGAUAGCUAAAUACGCCGAAGGAUCUGUCCAGACAAAAUGUGCGAUACAAAAUAAUGUAAUCGAAAGUAAAAACGCGUUAUGUCAUCCGACAAUAAACGAAUUGGAAAAGAUUAUAGAUGAGCUGAGAACAGAUAUUCGCAAGGAAAGAAAAAUGGAAGAAAUGAAAAAUAAAAUAAAUUACUUCAGUCCGAUUCAUUUCGUUCGAAAAAUAGACGAUUUCAGCGAGAUUAGAAGUAGUAACGAAAAACUAGAAGACAAAUUAUCAGAUAUCGGGAUAAAACUUUUGGUAAAUAAGUUGGACAAAUUAGAAAGAACGUCGAAAGGGAACGAAAGCGAAGUUCGCAAAUUGUUGCAUAACACUAAUUUAACUUCUAAAAGAACAGAUAGUAUUGAUAUUAACAACAAAGAACUACAACCAUUUCUUCGAAAUAAUAGCUGUUGGGCGACGAAUUUGAUUAGAGCAAAAAUCAAGAUUUCUUCCCCCACAAAAAUAGGUACUCUUGUCAAUAAAACAAAAUUGAAAAUACAGAACAACUGUAGAAAUCUCUGUCCGAAUGCAUUAGUUUACAGAACACGGAACUAUUUAUUAAAACCUACAAUGGCAGAUAAAUUAGAAAUUUAUCUCAUUGAUCACAAAAUCGAAAACGAAGCGCAAAUGAAAGACGAAAUAAUAAUACUUUUGCUGGAACAGAGAGACGAGGAAAUGAAAUUACAUUGUGCUAAGUUAAAAACGAAACUUUUACGAAUGAAAAUAAAUCGAAAGGACAGACAGGUAUUACUGUUAAAUAAUUUUAUUGAGCAUGCAAGAAACGUUUCCGAGAAGAAACUGAUCGAAUUAACGAAAGAUAUCGAAAAACUGAAGAGUGAUGGAAGGGGAAUAUUAUCUGCUCUACGGUCCGAAUAUUUACUUUUGAUAACAGAAAAAGAAAACGUCCAGAGACGUUAUAUCAAAUGUCGAGCGAAAGAAGAGAAUAAAGUGAAUUCGGCAAUACAAGAUCUGAGAUUUUACAAUGCAUCAUUUGAAAAAAUUAUUAAUCAUUUAUCAGGAAAUUUUGAACUAAAGGAUACAAAACGUAUGAGACCCCAAAAGCUGUUGAAGGAAAUUAUAGAAAGAAAUUUGUUAAAGAUUGGCAAAUAACAACUUGUGAAUUUGCAACAAAUCUUAGUAUGUCACAGACAUGUGUUGUUGAAAUACUUCAUCCACUUGAACUGUUUGUAAAACAUGCUGAUGAUUGUGUUCUGUAUGCAGUUUUUUCCCCACUCAUGAAAAAAUGAACCGAAUUGAGUAUAAUUUUGUCUGACAAAGGUAGGCAGCUCUAAGGUUUUAUUUUAUUUUUAAAUUGGUU